AUGUUGAGUAUGGAGGGAGAAGCUCUUGAAUGGUAUUUUUGGAUGGAAGACAGGUUUCCAUUCCAAGAUUGGCACGACAUCAAGAGUCAAUUGGGGAAACGGUUCAAGACAUCUGAGAUGGAGAGUUCACUACAACAACUAAUGAGCUUACAACAAGCCACAUCAGUAAGAGAAUUCAGGGCUGAAUUUGAACGAAUUUCAGCCUUUCUACCUCAUAUAAACACAAAAGUAUUAGAAGAUGCAUACGUGAGGGGCUUGAAACCGGACAUCAGAUUGGAAUUGGCAAUGCAUAAGCCCUUGGGACUCAGAGAAACAAUGGAUCUAUCAAUCCAAGCUGAGCUUCAUCUUCAGGAAAUCCGAAAUAGCAGAAUGAAUUCUUUAGGAAACAAGUGA